UACACAAUGAGACGUAGGAGUUGUAUUAUCCAUUUUUUUCCCUCACACUCGUUCAGCAAUAGUUUUAAUAGUUCAGCGUUAUUAAAACAUAAGUAAGAGUUAAUAAUGUGUAAACAGAAGUAAUUUUAUGAUUUCUGCAUUUUCUUCUGUAAAAGAAAACGCGUUGCAUUUUUUUAGUUGCUUCCGCCUUGUUUUUUAAUUUAGUGAUUUUUUGUUUAAAUAAUUAUUUAUUAAAAAUAAAAACACAUCAUCAUGAAAGUAUUGAGACUCUACACUCAUCCAGCCUCUGUGGCUUACUCCAUGACCACACUCGGGUCCAGUAUGAUGAACAGCAUUUUCAGUUUUUAUUACGUCAAGCUGUUCCUGAACAAGUACAACAUAUCAGAGUCAGCUUUCCACAAGUCCCAGGUGGUGUAUAUGAUCUGGAACGCGCUGAACGACCCACUCUUCGGCUACCUGCAGGACAACUCUCGCAUUCCCUGCUGCUCUCGGCGACGGAUCUCCAUCCUGUACGGCGCUCCGUUCUACAGCCUGGCCUUCCUGCUCGCCUGGUUCCCCUGGCGACAGUACGAGGCGGGGGACUGGCUGAGCGGCAUGCACCUGGUCAUCACGCUGUGCGCUUUCGACGGCAUGCUGACCUUCGUGCUCCUGGCCCAGUGCGCGCUCUUCGCCGAGAUCUCAGAGAACCACCAGAUCCGGCUGAGGCUCAUCAAGUACAGCCAGGUGGCGUCUCUCCUCGGCUCCUCCAGCGUGCUCUUCUGCGGCCUCGUGUCCCACAACAUGGACGACUUCUUCGCCUUCCAGGUGUUCUGCGUGUUCGUGGCGCUGCUGGGAUGCGCCUGCAUGGUCUACACGGGCUUCCACAGCGAGAGCCGCUUCGACGCGAAGGUCACGGAGCCGAGCUCGCAGCAGCCUUCUCUGUCGGUCGGCGCCGUGGCUACCAUGACGCGGCAGAUCCUCACCAACCGCAACUUCCAGCUGUUCGUGGCCAUGAACUUUUUCCAGGUCUUCCUCUUGGCCUUCUUUAACAACUUCGCCAUGAUCUUCGCCGACCACCUCAUCCCACCGGACGCCCUGCCGUCGCUGGCGAAGAGCAUCAUGUACGGAGCCGGAUUUAUCUGCCCUCAGUUACUGGUGUUGUGCAGUCAGUAUCUGCUCCAUGUGAUGGGGUAUUACUGCAUCAUCCUCGUCACGUUCGCUGUGGAAGCAGGAGCCGCUGUGAUGAUGCUGCUGCUCGGCCCGGGACACUACUACUGCCUCUCUCUGUUCAUCACCGGCAACAUGAUUUUGGUCCAGGCUGCGUUCAGCCUCUUUAACCUGCCUCUGGCUGACAUCAUCGACUCGGACCUGCAGAAAUACAAGCGCAGCUCCCCGCUCUCAUCCAUGGUCUUCGGGACCAACGCACUCUUCACCAAACCCGCCCAGUCUUUAGCGCCCAUGUUGGUGGUCUCUAUUUUAAACCAGUACGGCUACGAGGAAAUGAAGGAUGGGAAAGUUACAGAUCAGAGUGCACUGGCGGCGCUCCACAGCACCAUGUUCUACCUGGUCUGCUUGGUGCCGUUGUGCGUCACCGCUCUGCAGUUUCUCUUCUGGAAGCCGUUCUCGAUCAGAGACAGUCACACGACUGACUCAAAGUACGUAGAGGGAUGAUUUCACGGAGACCCUCCGUUGUUUCACUCAAUAUAAUUACAAUCAGUAUAGUUUUUUUAAGAUUUAAAGUAUAAUACAGGUUUGGGAAAAGUAAUUUUCUUUAUUAGUGGGAAAUACUACAACUACUGAUACACUAAUAAUGAUACAUUUGAAAAUGGCAGUUUUUUUUUUCCUAUCCAUGCUGUGACUUUUACAACAAAAAAUUUUUAUUUUUUUAUUUUUAUUUUUUUUAUGCUGCCGGUGGUGGUAAAGGAGCUCUUGAGAAGAUUGAUGACAUCAUGAAUAGUGAGAUUAUACAUUAUUACAUUAAACUGAUAUAUAGAAAAGACAAAAAAAGUACGAAAUGCGUUGGAAGAAUUAUGAAAAUGAGCCAGAGUGGACAUGCCCCAUGCAUGCAAUGAUGGAUGUCUGUUGUUAAUUCUAGGGGUGCCAAUAAUUUUGAAGCCUGUGUUUUGCAAAGGGAAAAAAAAAAAAAAACAUGCCCAUAACACGUGGUAAGAACUCAAAAAACUUAAACACCCCUAAAGCCCAGAUAAAACGUUACUUCUAUGAGAAGACAUUUUAAAUAUCAUCUGUUGCGUUUUAAAUAGUUUGAAAUGUAAGAUGAUUAAAAAAAUACUUAAAGUUUCUCUACACAGAAAAGGCACAAAACCACUUUUCCCACAGGAAAUGAUGAAAUCUAUAACAAUAUAUCAGUUUUUGGGCAGGAUAUAAUUACCUGUUUUUUUUGUACAUGUCCUUUUAUAGUAGGUAAAAGGUGGUGGGAUAUUUCUGGACUCAUGAACAUGUCUACCUUCUGUAAAAUCGGGACUAACGUCCUAAAGAUACGCCAGUAAUAAUUACAUCACACAACGUUCAUGUGUUUAAAAAUAUAUAUAUACACUGAUCCAGUCCAAAUAGACCUAAUAAUGGCCUUUUGGGCUCUCUUACACGAAGGGUGCCAAUAAUUUUGGAGUUCAAUUGUAAAAGAGUGACCAAAACUGAUUGGAGCUAGCAUCGUGUGACAGCACUGUACAAAAAGUCGGUUAUUUCAGCUAGCCCUGGAGAAUGUUUACAACACGAUGCGUUUUCAUUGGUGGACGAGAAAACAAAAUGGAGGAGGAAAAAAAAAAUGUGCCUUUUCAGAUGAGUGCACUUUAGUGUGAAUGAGGCGAUACAAUGCGAGUGUGUGUAUGGUUGUAAAUGUCUGUUUUACUCCUUGCUGAUGGCUGUAAACGGCACUAGGUGGUACUAAAGGUACCGUGGUUAAGAUUCUGCGCUGUGGACCGGAAGGGUGCGAGUUUAAAUCCCAGCAGUCCUCCAGGAAAAGCGUGAACACUGAGCUGCUCAGCUUUGUGCUUGGACGGUGUUAUAACUCGAUUUUAAAAAAAAAUCAUCCUGGAUAAAAUAAGCUUGCUGUUUUUAACCACCAGUGAGCAACCAUACUGCAGAUAAAAAAAAAACCCAAAAAAAAAACCCACAAAUCUUAACAUUGACGUCGUCUGAUCUCCAGUUUCUACUGUACAGUGGAUGAUUGUUUACAAAAGAAUGAAUGUUUUUGAAUAUUUUUUUCUACACCCAUUGGGCCUCAUUUAUCAAGCUGAAUAUUACGUAAAUAUCCAAGCGUAAGCGUAAAUAAGUAGCCAAGCGAACUAAAAAUUUCUUCGUACUCACAUGCGUACAUUGAUUAGUGCCAGUCACAUGUAAAAUUACCAGCUGAUUAACAGUUAGCCACGCCCACAAAAGUCCAUAAAAGGCAAACAGAGAGCAAAAAACUGUCAAAACGACAACUAUACGGUGAAAGAGCACCUCUUAACUUGUAGGUGGGACAAACAGUAGUAGCUAUAUAUAACUUCUAAAGCUAACAAGUUAAUCACUGAAAAUGUGUUGCUUGAUUUACUUCAUACUAGCUUCGUUCUCAGAUUAGAUUAGCAAAGAGAGCUAACUGUACUAGCUACUUGCUACAUACACUCACCGGAUGCACCAGCGGUCUCUGCUACUUCUUCCCAAGCUUUAUUUUUCUUCAUAAGUGUCUCUAUACACAUGUUUCGAGAGGUUGUAUAUGACAGGACGAAGAUGAAACUACGGUUAUAACUAAAGUCGUGAGUGAGGAACUGAAGAAGCGUCCAGACCACACAGCGUACGGCUGGUGUGAGGAAUCAUUCGAGCCGAUCGUUUGGAUUUAAUGCUUUACUGCUUCAUAGAAUUGAGAAAAUCUCAGAUCAAAUGUAGCUUGCUCCGUGUAGCGCACGUACAUCCGCGUAUUUGCUAAUACGAGCUUAGCGAGAGUUCGUGUGUGUCCGUUGUAGCCGAUGCGCUGCGGUGGCUGAGCUGCGUUACUGGAAAAUUUAGCAGUUGACUUAAAUUUAGCGCUUUCUCCUUAUAUAGGGUGCCAUUACUUUUGUUCUCCUUGUUCGGCUAGUCAUAUUUAUCUUCAUUUAUGGAUUUACAAAUAAAUUUAUUCGUGUCCAGUUUGAUAAAUGAGGCCCGACUCUUUUUCUAUACGUAUUAAUUUUUGUAUUGUGACUUUUGAUGCAAGAUUGAUAUCUGUGGGAGCAAGUUUAUUUUUUUGGCAGAAGUGUGUGUUCAGUGUGGGAUAUUAAAUCAUUACACUGUGUAAGAAGUGCAAAUUAAAAGUUUUCUCCGUUUGUGUUGCAAAAUCAUUGUGAUUCUAGAUCAUGAAUUUUUGUGAUUUAAAAAAAAUUUGAAUAAAAAACAAAAACAAAA